CUUCCCCGCCGCGGGGCUGUGCGCGGCGGGCAUCGCCGGGGGAGCGCGGAGCGCGGAGCGGAGCCCGGCGCCGCCUCCAUGUUCCAGCUGCCCAUCCUCAAUUUCAGCCCGCAGCAGGUGGCCGGGGUAUGCGAGACCCUGGAGGAGAGCGGGGACAUCGAGCGCCUGGGGCGCUUCCUCUGGUCCCUGCCCGUGGCCCCCGCGGCCUGCGAGGCGCUCAACAAGAACGAGUCGGUGCUGAGAGCCCGGGCCAUCGUGGCCUUCCACACGGGGAACUACCGGGAGCUCUACCAUAUCCUGGAGAACCACAAGUUCACCAAGGAGUCCCACUCCAAACUGCAAGCCCUCUGGCUGGAAGCGCACUACCAGGAGGCGGAGAAGCUGCGGGGCCGACCCCUGGGGCCGGUGGACAAGUACCGGGUGAGAAAGAAGUUCCCGCUGCCCCGCACCAUCUGGGACGGCGAGCAGAAGACACAUUGCUUCAAGGAGAGGACGAGGCAUUUGCUGCGGGAGUGGUACCUGCAGGACCCUUACCCCAACCCCAGCAAAAAGCGGGAACUGGCUCAGGCCACGGGACUUACCCCCACGCAAGUGGGCAACUGGUUCAAAAACCGCAGGCAAAGGGACAGGGCAGCAGCCGCUAAGAACAGGUAAGGAAGGCGCUGCCCGUCCCGUCGGGACACAGGUUCUGUUCUCUGCGGUUCUCGCCCGCAGAGGCCAGAGGCUGCGGGGAG